CUCAGAGAGGCCAGUAAGGAGGGAAGCCAUCUAUUUUCCAGCAGUUUUGAAACAGAAAGGCUGUCCGUAAAACAACUGAAGACAAAAAAAACCCAGGGAGAAUACCUUUUUCCUCUCUAAGAACAGCAGAGAGGUGAGGCAUCAUGGGGAAACACAACAGCAAGCUGGCCCCGGAGGUCCUGGACGACCUGACCAAGAACACGGAAUUCAACGAGGCCGAGCUGAAGCAGUGGUACAAAGGCUUCCUGAAAGACUGCCCUUCCGGCAUCCUCAACCUGGAGGAGUUUCAGCAGCUCUACGUCAAGUUUUUCCCGUAUGGUGACGCCUCCAAGUUUGCCCAGCACGCUUUCCGGACGUUUGACAAAAACGGCGACGGCACCAUCGACUUCAGGGAGUUCAUCUGCGCCCUGUCCAUCACCUCCAGGGGCAGCUUUGAGCAGAAACUCAACUGGGCCUUCAACAUGUACGACCUGGACGGUGACGGCAAGAUCACACGCAUGGAGAUGCUGGAGAUCAUCGAGGCAAUCUACAAGAUGGUGGGCACGGUGAUCAUGAUGCGCAUGAACGAGGACGGCCUGACCCCGCAGCAGCGCGUCGACAAGAUCUUCUCCAAGAUGGACAAAGACCACAACGACGAGAUCUCCCUGGAGGAGUUCAAGGAGGCCGCCAAGUCGGACCCCUCCAUCGUCUUACUGCUGCAGUGCGAUAUGCAGAAGUAGACGGCGGUGGAGGGGGUCGAGGGGGAGGGUUGGGGGAGAAUUCUGGGAUGCGGAGGACGAGGAGGAGAAUCUCAUUCCCGGUGUCAUUUCGCAACACACCUCACAUGUCGAUGGUAGAUGAUUGAAAAAAAAAAAAAGAAGAUUGUUCUGAGAAAUGUGCUUCUGAUGGCAAAGCCAUCAUCAAACUGAACGAGCGUAAUCAGCCAAAUCCCCUCCCACUUCGAUGAGCGUUACCGACCAGAUUACAAGGUGACGUCCGCAGGCAGGCUUCAGGCCAAACGCCAUUAAACGCUCAUUAUGUCAUCAAGGUACUGCAACAAUUUGUAAUCUGAGGCAAAACAACGACGGCUUUUGGAUUGGAAGCUUAAACGUCAAUAUUUGCGAUCCUAUCAGUGGUUUGCAAUUAUUUACCAUUGUUUUCAUGGCCCCCCCCACCUCCGAAUUCAAACACUUUUGAGAACCUGAUAAUGAAUUAUUGAUCCGUAAAAACCACUGUAUGAGUUGUUAGCGCCAGCAUUCUGCAUGCCAUCACCCGAUUGUCAGAAUAGAUGAAAAAAGGACCUUCAAACAAUUUCCAUGUUAAAAGGGAACUGCACUUUUUUUUUUUGCCUAUCGUUUACAAUCAUGAGAGACAAGAUAAAAGGUUGUUGUUUUUUCACAUUCUAACAUCCAAUACAAUCCACUUUAUUUAUAUAGCACAUUUAACCUCUUAAGGCCCAAGCUGUUUGUUUACAUGCUUUUUUUUAAUUUCUCUUUGCUAUUUGGGCUUAUUGGACCCCAAUUAGAAUAAAAACUAAGAAUCAUCUUUUUAUAUGAUGUACUUAGUCCAUAAGUACACAAACGUGUACUUCAUGUUUAGUGACAUGCUAAUUCUUAUUUUUACACUUUUUUUUUUUCCAAAUUCCACAUAAGCGGCCAUAAGACCCCAAUUCAGUAGUGUACACAAUUUUGGAAAUAAGAGCUAAAAGGUGCUGUCCACGCAGGUUUAAACAUCAACAUUUUUUCCAAAGUGCUGCACAAAAAUAUUAAAAACAAAAUUCAAAUACUAUCCUUAGCUCCACCAAUGCCUGAAUAAAAACAAAUAUAAAAACAAUAUACAAAUAAAUAUGAUUGAAAACUAUUUUAAAGGGUAAAAACCGAUGAAAACAAUAAAUAGAAAUCAAAAUGUAAAAACACAGGAGGACCACACAACUCACGUCGUGUUAAAAGCCAGAGAAUAAAAGUGGGUCUCAAGACGAGACUUAAAACACUCCACCGUGGGAGCAGUUGGAACAUGGAGAGGCAGAGUGUUCCAGAGCUUAGGACUGACCACAGAGAAGGCCCUGUCUCCCCUGGUUUUAAGUCUGGUUUUGGGCACCACGAGCUGGAGCUGGCUCUCGGACCUCAGAGCGUGUGGUAGAGUGUAAAUUUGGAUGAGGUCCGAGAUAUACUGAGGUGCCAGUCCAUGCAAAGCUUUAAAACCAAACAGCAACAUUUUAAAAAUCAAUUCUAAAAUGAACAGGGAGCCAGUGCAAACUCUGAAGAAUUGGGGUUAUAUGCUGGCGUUUCCUGGCCCCUGUUAAAAGUUGUGCUGCCGCGUUCUGGACUAACUGAAACCGGGAGAGAGCUUUUUGGUUAAUGCCGGCAUAAAGUGCAUUGCAGUAGUCCAGGCAACUUGAAAAAAAAGCAUGCACGACUUGUUCAAAAAGGUUAAAAUAUAAAAAAGUUUUAAGAGAUAAACACACUAUUUUAAAAUGCCAUUGACUUGUUUGUCAAGUUUAAAAUCACUGUCUAUAAGGCUGGUGACUUUGGGACGCACAUCAUUUAGCAAAGGUCCCAAGUCAGUGAGGGCUGGACCAAAAACUAGAAUUUCCGUUUUUCCCUCAUUCAUUAUUGAAAAAAUUCUGGGCUAACCAAGCCUUGACGUCGCAUAGACAAGUGAGAAGGGGUGUCAGGGGGCCGUGGCCUUUUGAAAUCGGCAUAUAAAUUUGGCAGUCGUCUGCAUAAAAGUGAUAAGACACUCCAUGCCUCUUAAAAAUCUCUCCAAGAGGGAGGAUGUCAGGUUAUUAAACAAGACAAGAAGCAAGGAAUUAAACAGAGACAGAAGUCAAUUUAGCUCAAUUGAGGAGAAACGCGUAGUACAGUGUCGUCCCACGCUCUGACGAAAGAUUGUACGCCUCCUCUUUUAUUUGGACUUUCCCCGAUUACAUGGCAACAGCUGUUUUUAAAGGGACGAGGGUCAUAAACAGCCAUCGCCUUUGGUUACAAAACAGUACAAAGAAAAGGUCGUAAAACAGUUCAAAGAAAAGGUGCCUGGAGGGAGGUCAGGCCCUGCCUCCUCUCCGCUUUGUAGAUCUCGGGUCAAGACAAAAUCUUCCUGUGGAUUACAACACAUCAAAGAAACCGACACCCUCAUGUCGCUCCCCAUCCUACGCUGUGGAGUUUUACAAGCCUUUUGCUUGGUAGGAUCAAAGACAGCUUUUGUCCUCAUGCAGGGCGAGCUGAACUCAAUGUAACACAAAGUUUUGUGAUAACUUAGAUACAAUUAUUCUGAUAGAGGAGAUAAAGAGCAAACAGGAUGGGGCCCAGAAUAGAUCCCAGGGGGACACCACAGUAAAGCGGAGCAGAAGAAGAGGUGGCGUCCACCUGGCCUGACAGAGAAGGACCUCUCUGACAGGUAGGAUCUGAACCACUCCAAUGCGGUCCCCCUGACACCCACACAGUCUCUCAGGCGCUGUAAAAGACUUGUGUGGUCGACUGUGUCAAAGGCAGCUGUGAGAUCUAAAAGCACUAAAAUGGCAGAGCUGCCAGAAUCAGUCAUUAAAAGCGAGUCAUUAAAAACCUUUAAAAGUGCAGAUUCAGUACUGUGCAAAGCUUUGUAUUCAGACUGAAAUUGAUCUAAAGUAGAGAUGUCUGAUAGGCCGAUAAAUGCUUUAAAAUGUAAUAUCGCAAAUUAUUGAUAUCGGUUUCAAAAAGUAAAAUGUAUGACUUUUUAAAACGCUGCUGUGUACACGGACGUAGGGAGAAGUACAGAGCGCCAAUAAACCUUAAAGGCACUGCCUUUGCGUGCCGGCCCAGUCACAUAAUAUCUACGGCUUUUCACACACACAAGUUAAUGCAAGGCAUACUUGGUCAACAGCCAUACAGGUCACACUGAGGGUAACCAUAUAAAUAACUUUAACACUGUUACAAAUAUGCGCCACACUGUGAACCCACACCAAACAAGAAUGACAAACACAUUUCGGGAGAACAUCCGCACCGUAACACAACAUAAACACAACAGAACAAAUACCCGGAAACCCUUGCAGCACUAACUCUUCCGGGACGCUACAAUAUACACCCCCCGCUGCCCCCUACCCCUACCCCUCCCCCACCUCAACCCCGGCCACCUCAACCUCUUCAUGCUCUCUCAGGGAGAGCAUGUCCCAAAUUCCAAGCUGCUGUUUUGAGGCAUGUUAAAAAAAAAAAGCACUUUGUGACUUCAAUAAUAAAUAUGGCAGUGCCAUGUUGGCAUUUUUUUCCAUAACUUGAGUGGAUUUAUUUUGGAAAACCUUGUUACAUUGUUUAAUGCAUCCAGCGGGGCAUCACAACAAAAUUAGGCAUAAUAAUGUGUUAAUUCCACGACUGUAUAUAUCGGUAUCGGUUGAUAUCGGAAUCGGUAAUUAAGAGUUGGACAAUAUCGGGAUAUCGUCAAAAAAGCCAUUAUCGGACAUCUCUGAUCUAAAGUGCUAUUUUCAUCUAAAAAAGGCUGCAGUAACAUGUAAACAUGUCAAAAUCUGCUCGUCCUUGGUGGUAGCAAUGCAACUAACGGGAGCAAUCAAUUCUACCUCUAAAUCACUUUAGUUAUGCUCCAAAACCCGCAUAAUUACCAAGCUGUAGCGACAUUGUUACUGUAAUAGUUAACACGGCGGAACUAUUUUUCUAGCGUAAUAACACUUCGCUUGGCUCACGAAGACAUUCAGUCUCACACUGCUACAUUAGCAAGAGGUAAGGUAGAUUCUGCAUCAGCAGCCUAAUGGCUUCUGAGUUGGUAAAAGUUAAAGGCCUACUGAAAUGAAAUGUUUUAAUUUAAACGGGGAUAGCAGAUCCAUUCUAUGUGUCAUACUUGAUCAUUUCGCGAUAUUGCCAUAUUUUUCCUGAAAGGAUUUAGUAGAGAACAUCGACGAUAAAGUUCGCAACUUUUGGUCGCUGAUAAAAAAAGCCUUGCCUGUACCGGAAGUAGCGUGACGUCACAGGUUGAAAGGCUCCUCACAUUUCCCCAUUGUUUACACCAGCAGUGAGGGCGAUUCUGACCGAGAAAGCGACGAUUACCCCAUUAAUUUGAGCGAGGAUGAAAGAUUUGUGGAUGAGGAACGUGAGAGUGAAGGACUAGAGUGCAGUGCAGGACGUAUCUUUUUUCGCUCUGACCGUAACUUAGGUAAAAGGGCUCAUUGGAUUCCACACUUUGUCCUUUUUCUAUUAUGGAUCACGGAUUUGUAUUUUAAACCACCUCGGAUACUAUAUCCUCUUGAAAAUGAGAGUCGAGAACGCGAAAUGGACAUUCACAGUGACUUUUAUCCCCACGACAAUACAUCGGUGAAGCACUUUAGCUACGGAGCUAACGUGAUAGCAUCGUGCUUAAAUGCAGAUAGAAACAAAAGAAAUAAGCCCCUGACUGGAAGGAUAGACAGAAGAUCAACAAUACUACUAUCAGGAGACACCGAACCAAACACUGGACAUGUAACUACACGGUUAAUGCUGUGCCGCCUGUCGAAGCCUAGCAAUGCUGUUGCUAACGACGCCAUUGAAGUUAACUUAGCUACGGGACCUCACAGAGCUAUGCUAAAAACAUUAGCUAUCCACCUACGCCAGCCAGCCCUCUUCUGCUCAUCAACACCCGUGCUCACCUGCGUUCCAGCGAUCGACAGAGCGACGAAGGACUUCACCCGAUCAUAGAUGCGGUCGGCGGCUAGCGUCGGAUAGCGCGUCUGCUAUCCAAGUCAAAGUCCUCCUGGUUGUGUUGCUGCAGCCAGCCGCUAAUACACCGAUCCCACCUACAGCUUUCUUCUUUGCAGUCUCCAUUGUUCAUUAAACAAAUUGCAAAAGAUUCACCAACACAGAUGUCCAGAAUACUGUGGAAUUUUGCGAUGAAAACAGAGUUGUUUGUAUUGGGAUACAAUGUGUCCGAAUACUUCCGUUUCAAACAUCGACGUCACGCGCAUACGUCAUCAUACAUAGACGUUUUCAACCGGAAGUUUCGCAGGAAAUUUAAAAUUGCACUUUAUAAGUUAACCCGGCCGUAUUGGCAUGUGUUGCAAUGUUAAGAUUCAUCAUUGAUAUAUAAACUAUCAGACUGCGUGGUCGGUAGUAGUGGCUUUCAGUAGGCCUUUAAUGGCAUGUGGGAAAAAGUCCUACAAAUCAUCAGAAAGAUGUAUUGGGAACAAACAGCUGUCGUAAGAACUGACAUGAACAUUUAGUAUAACAAAAUGUUGUGUAUUAUCACCAGGUCUGUUCAAUUUACAUACUGAUUUUUUCUUUUUAAGAAGUCGAGGACAUGGCAGGUUUAUCUGUAGGAGAAAACCUACGAUGUGCUGAUGAUACAUAUUUGUUCGGACUAAACACAGAUAACCUCCAACAACUACUAACUGUACUGAAUGAUAAAGACAAACUAUACGGUAUGGAAAUGAAUGGAAAAAACCCAAAGCAAUGAUAGUGAGCAAAAAUCCACCAGUUCCUCAAAUAAUCCUUACAACAAAUGGCAGACCUAUAGAACAAGUAUCAAAUAUGGUAAAUCUUGGUCGGAUGCAGCUUGAAAAUGGAAGAACUGACAAAGUGAAGUGAAUUCUAUUUAUAUAGCGCUUUUCUCUAGGGACUCAAAGCGCUUUUACAUAGUGAAACCCAAUAUCUAAGUGACAUUUAAACCAGUGUGGGUGGCACUGGGAAGCAGGUGGGUAAAGUGUCUUGCCCAAGGACACAACGGCAGUGACUAGGAUGGCGGAAGCGGGGAUGGAACCUGGAACCCUCAAGUUGCUGGCACGGCCGCUCUACCAACCGAGCUAUACCGCCCCAAAUUGAAAUUGCUAGGAUAUCAUACGAAAAUAUAUCAAAACUACUAACGUCACUACAAUAGAUAUUGAAACAAGGAAGGAAUGCUACAGUGCUAUGUGUGGUCUACACCAGUGGUCCCCAACCUUCCUUGCACCACGGACCGGUUUAAUGUAGACAUCAUUUUCAGCAAUAAAUAAAGCAAAAAUAACACUAUAACGCUGAAUUAUUUUUGUUUCUUUGCAAUGAGAUCACAUUUAAGUUAAGUUAAAGUACCAAUGAUUGUCACACACACACUAGGUGUGGUGAAAUUUGUCCUCUGCAUUUGACCCAUGCCCUCGUUCACCCCCUGGGAGGUGAGGGGAGCAGUGAGCGGCAGCGGUGGCCGCGCCCGAGAAUAAUUUUUUGGUGAUUUAACCCCCAAUUCCAACCCUUGAUGCUGAGUGCCAAGCAGGGAGGUAAUGGGUCCCAUUUUUAUAGAGUUUGGUAUGACUCGGCCGGGGUUUGAACCCAGGACCUACCGAUCUCAGGGCGGACACUCUAACCCAGGGGUGUCCAAACUUUUUCCACUGAGGGCCGCACACGGAAAAAUUAAAGCAUGUGGGGGCCAUUUUGACAUUUUUCAUUUUCAAACCAUAACAAAAUAUAUGCAUUUUUUAUUUAUUUUACCUUUUGCCAAAAAUGACUUCAUAUUCUCUACUGCUCGCUAGUGUUACCAUAUCUGAGUUAUUGUGCAGAAAUAUGGGGAAAUAACUACAAAUGUGCGCUACAUUCGCUAAUCCGUGUUACAAAAAAGAUCAGUUUGAAUAAUACAUAAUGUUGGAUAUAGAGAACAUACAAACCCUUUAUUUAUUAAGUCAAAAAUAUUAAAGUUCGGUGAUUUGGUAAAAUUGCAAACAACUAAAAUGAUGUACAAAGCAAUCUAUAACCUGCUACCAAAGAAUGUACAACAAUUCUUCUCAACAAAAGAGGAGAAAUAUAACCUUAGAGGAAAAAAUAAUUUAAAACAUUUAUAUGCACGUACAACACUUAAAACCUUUAGCAUAUCAGUAUGUGGAAUUCAAUUAUGGAAUGGAUUAAGUAAAGAAGUUAAAAAUUGUACUGAUAUGAUCCAGUUUAAGAGGUUGUUCAAUAUAAUAGUGCUUACAAACUACAAAGAAGAAGAAUUAAGAGAAAUACUUCCACUUAUUGAAAAUAAGAUAUUCUUCAUCUCAGUAUGUUAAUAAUGACUGAAUUAAUUAAUUACAUACUACAAAACUGUUGUACAGUGUAUACUAAUUCAUAGAUGUUACUUUAUUAUAUAAAAAGGUCAGUAAAUGAUUCUAUAUAUUUGUAAACGCUUUGAAGUGGGAAAGGGGUAGGAUUAAAUAAGCUCUGCUUCUUCCUACUCCUUUUCGGGCAUGAUGUAAAAUGAAAUGAUAUGAAAUUGUGUGAUGUAUUAUGAUGUAAGUGUGUUCAUGUUCGAAAUAAACUAAAGAAAGAAAACAAAAGAACAUUACAAUUUCCAGUGUAAAGUGUGCCUGAACAACAACAACAUUACCUAAAAGGCCAAAGCUGCCUCCUGCUUCCGUCCCCUUCCCGCCCGUAUUGUCCUUUUUCUUCCUGCGCGGAAAUGUCAGAGAGGAAGCGCUUUGAUAAGAGGUGCGGGGAGAGGAGGCUCGUUGAACUCCGCUCUGAUCUGGAAAAAAAUAAAAAAAAUAAAAAAUCAAUGCGGGGGGAAAAAUAGGAAAAGGUCAAAGAAGGAAGUGUAUGGAAAAGUUGGACUAUUUCAAUCAACAAUACAAUAUAUGUAUAAAAAAAUAUACAUUCAGGCCUCCACUCAGGCUUGAUCCUGGGAACCCCAAAGGGUUUAGGUAAAAAAAUAUAUAAAAAAUGUGUCAUUAUUUAGUAUUAUUAUUAUUAUUCAAGGUCUAAAUCUCCAGAUCAACAUUAGAUGUAUCUGUCAUUAUAAAGUGUUCUUUCAAGAUUUAAGUUGUAUGCUCUUUUUGUCAAAGAAAACCCAGUUUUUUUAUGGAAAAAAACACAAAAUAUGCAAUAUUUUCCCCCGAUAACAUUUUAAAGUGGAAUAUUUGAGAUUAUAUUAUAAUUGGAGUUCAUAGCAUAACUCAUAACAACAUUAAUUCAUUAUUAUUUUUGAGCAACUUAAAUAGACACUUUAAAAAAAAAAAGUCCCACUAAAAUUAUUGGGGAUCCAAAAGGAUCCUGCUCAGUAAAGUAUUAAAAAAUAAAUCAUACUUUUUAAAAAAAACUUUUAACACAAUAGUCUCAAGAUCAACUUCAGAUCUAUCCGUCAAUUAUUACUUUUGUUGUUGUUUAUGUUUUUUGUUUGUCCGUUGUAAGCCCUUCUUUAAACAAAACAGCUUAGUUUUUUAUAUGGCAGACACAAAAUAUUUUCCCCCAAAAAUAUUCCAAAGUGGAAUAUUAAAUGUGACGUAAUUGGAGCUUUGAAUAGGUCAAUAAUUCAUAAUGACAUUGAUUUUGAUUCAUUAUUAUUUUUUAAAGAAAGAAACAGCCUGCAAGGCAGCUUUGUGUUAUUAGAGUAAAUAAUGCGACAUGUUCUUGUUACAUUUCACCUGUUUGCUCUUUUAUACCACUUUUUAUGUUUUUUAAUCGUAUUUUUAGAAUGUGCCGCGGGGCCGUUAAAAAAUGACCUGCGGGCCGCAAAUGGCCCCCUGGGCCGCACUUUGGACACCCCUCAUUUAAAUGGUCCUUGAACGCACCGGGAACCCGUCUCUCCUCCUCUUCCUCAACGAUGUCCUCCUAUGUUUGAUAAUGUAAUUAUUAUAAUAUUACAUGUACAUUAUAACAAUGGUAUUUAUGACGACUAUAAACGAACAUGUACAAUGUAUUUCUAGCUUAGGACUACUUUCAUAAGACAACAGUUACAACGUGUGUGUGUUUGGGAGAGAAAGUGUGUGUGCUGGAGACUUUCGCAAGUGUUUUGUAUUUGCAUCAUUUGUGCUACAAGAACUAGUUUAACUUCAUGUGCGCACAAAAAGGUCACACAGAGUAUUAUUAUUCCUAAACUUGCUUUUGUGGUCUGCUGGUACACAGAAUGUGUGUGUUUGUGUGUGUGUGUGUGUGUGUGUGUGUGUGAUGUCUUAUGUAUGAAAUGUGUUUUGUUCACCGUGGCCUGCUGUUUUUCAAAAUAAGAGUCCUGGCAUAGACAAGUCAUGGUUAUAGUGAGGACAGGUACAGGGAACACAGAGGUGUGUAACACAGCGCCCCCCAGUGGAUGGAAGUCACAUGUCAAGCUGAAUUAUUGCAGUAUGCAAUACUUUGGUUUUAUUAGUACCGGAUGAUCAAAACUGAAAUAAAUCAGCACUGGACAUUGUCUUCUAUGUUUAAGUAAAUACAUGCGGUUUACACGUGCUUAUUCAAAUGAUUUCUACAUUAUUUUUGAUAGUGAAGAAGUAGAAAAAGUGGCUUUGUGUGCGUCGCAUACCACAAAAUGCUUUUUUUUUGCCAGUCUGCAAAAGAGAAGACGUGGCAAAGUACCAUAGUUCUGUUAUGUUUCCACUGGCUAGUUAAAUAAUUCCUCCCCGAGUGGCCCCUUUCGCUGAUUAGAAGGGUCCCUUGUCCUGAUCAGCACCACUUUGAACCCACGGAGAAACAUUCAAUUUUCUCCCUUCAAAAAAAAAAAAAAAGGACGUAUGUUUUUGUGUCUAUAAUUUGUGUUAUUAACUCAAAACCCCAUAGAGACAAAACAAACAUUUAAAUGUGUAACAAUGCAAAACUCCAUAGAGAAAAAAAAUCAACAUUUAAGAGCCUAAGCAGGGUUGAUUUAUUGGGUCACGUGGCGCUUAUAAAAUAUGUUUAUUUAUGUUCAGGACUUGAACAUUUCUCUUGUAAAAUGUCUGUCCUGUACGUCUCGUCAUCAGAUGCUUGUUUUAUGGUUAGAAAGGGAAAAAAAAAAAGAUGUAAUUAUUUUUGUUACAUGGAAUAAAACACAUGGAUGUU